AUGCUCUUAAGAUGAAGACGCUUCUCACUUAUGUCCUCACUGGAGAAUAUUCUUUAUUUUCAAGCUGUUCUUGGAGCCCUAGCCAAUAUGGUUCUCCUUUUAUUCUACACUUUCAUAAUCCUAGGUCAUAGACCUAAGCCUAUAGACCUGAUCUCCUGUCAACUCACCUUCAUUCACAUAAUGAUGGUCCUCACUGGAGGGGAUAUUUGGCUUACAGACAUAUUUGAGUCACUGAACAUUGAGAAUGACUUCAAAUGUAAGGCAACUUUUUACAUACACAGGGUGAUGAGAGGCCUCUCCAUCUGCAUCACCUGCCUCCUGAGUGUGUUCCAGGCUGUCACUAUCAGUCCCAGUACCUCUGUGUUGGCAAAAUUUAAACAUAAGCUUAAAAAAUACACGAUCAAGUCCUUCUUUUGUAUUUGGUCUUUCAAUUUGUCUUUCAGUAGCAGCUUGCUGUUCAAUAUUGGUGGAUUUACCAAUGUGAGUGAAAUCAACCAGAUGAAGAUCACUAAAUCCUGCAUAAUCUUCCCCAUGAACUACAUCAUCAGGGCAUUGAUUUUUACAGUGAUAGCCUUUAGAGAUGUGUUUCUUGUAGGAGUCAUGCUGACCACAAGCACAUACAUGGUGAUUCUCUUGUUCAGACAUCAGAGGCAAUGCAAGCAUCUUCAUAGUGUCAAGUACCUGAGAACAUCACCCGGGAAAAGGGCCACCCAGACCAUCUUGGUGCUGGUGGCUUUCUAUGUGGUCUUGUACUGGAUGGACUUCAUCAUCUCAUAUACCUCGGUCCUAGUAUGGAUGUACGACCCAGUCUUCCUGACUGUUCAGAAGUUUGUGUUGAAUGUUUAUCCUACAAUUGCUCCUUUGAUACAAAUCUGUUCUGAUAAGAGACUAACCAGUGUGUUUAAAUUCAUGCAGUUAAAGCAUCAGUAA